AUGAAAAGCAGGAGUAUUGAACGGCGCAAAACCGAAAAUGGGGGCAGAGGGAUGCAUCGCGCAGAGGAGCACCGCAUCUUGAAGCAGAACAUGGCGCAGCCAUACCAGAAGUCAGAGGAAGUGGCGCAGGACGUAGUCUUGAGCCAGUGGAUUCUCUUGAACUCGAGCUUCGAGAGCGACCUGCUCUUGCUCGACCCAGGGGAAAAUCUGCGUGAGGAGUUCAGGUGGUGGAUCUGA